AUGGCUGAAGGGUUGAUGACUGCUGAGGAUCUGGAAGUUGAGAAGCCGGCCCUGGAACCCCAAACGCCUGGGGUGCCAGCGAACGAGCAGCACGACUUAUUUGAAGAUGAAGAUGCACUCAGUGAUAAUAGCAGUCAUGAUAAACCAGGGACUGUUUGGCAAAGGUUUGUGCCAGAAGGGAAUGUACCUUUUCCAGACAUUUUCCAAACAAAUCAGCUUUUGUUCUAUGAGCGAUUCAAAGCCUAUCAAGAUUAUAUUCUAGCUGACUGCAAGGCUUCCGAGGUAAGGGAAUUCACAGCUGAGUACUUGGAGAAGGUCCUUGAACCAUCUGGAUGGCAGGCAAUCUGGCGCACUAAUGUGUUUGAGGUGCUGGUUGAGGUCACAAAUGUGGAUUUUUCAUCUCUGAAAGCAGAGGUGAAACUUACUCAGCCUUACCUUUGUGAAUCUCGGGUUAGUACCUUUACUUUGGAAUGCAUGAAAGAACUGCUGGAGCUGAAAGAAAAUCGGUUGCCUCUUCAAGAACUGUGGGUUGUGUUUGAUGAUUCAGGCGAGUUUGACCAGACAGCACUUGCAAUUGAACAUGUCAGGUUUUUCUACCAGAAUAUAUGGAGGAGUUGGGAUGAAGAAGAGGAAGAUGAAUAUGAUUAUUUUGUCAGAUGUGUGGAACCUCGAUUGCGUUUGCAUUAUGACAUACUUGAAGAACGGGUCCCUUCAGGGCUUGUUAUUGACUACCGCAAUCUACUCUCUGAGUGUGAAGAGAUUUAUAGGAAGUUUUUAAAUCUGAGGAGCAGUAUAUCAAAUGGUGACUCUGACACUGAGUUGGAAAAUGUUUCCAUGGCAGAAGGGUUAAGGCUAUAUUCUGAAAUAGAACAGCUGAAAGAGAAGUUAAAACUCAUUGAAAACCCUCUUCUAAGAUACGUGUUUGGUUAUCAGAAGCACACUGAUAUUCAAGCAAAAGGAGUACGUCCAACUGGUGGGAAGAUCACCCAUGUUGUAUCAACUUCUAUGAUGGCUAGUUUGCUGCAUUCUCUGCUCAGGGACAAGCUUUAUCAGGAAUCUCAUGAAGAAAUGGAAAUUCAGUUUCACAAUGAUCCACUGACAGCUAUAAAUGCUUGCUAUGAAGGGGAUACCGUCAUUAUAUGUCCUGGUCAUUAUGUGGUAGAUGGCAUGUUCUCCAUUGCUGACUCCAUUGAAUUAGAAGGGUAUGGUCUGCCAGAUGACAUUGUGAUAGAAAAAAGGGGAAAAGGAGACAAUUUUGUAGAUUGUACAGGUGUUGAUGUUAAAAUCUCAAAUGUGAAAUUUAUUCAGCAUGAUGCUGUGGAAGGAAUCUUGAGCAUUCAUCAUGGCAAGACCACAUUGGAAAACUGUGUGUUACAAUGUGAAACUACAGGAGUAACAGUGCGAACAUCUGCAGAAUUACUAAUGAAAAAUUCCGAUUUAUAUGGGGCCAAGGGUGCUGGUAUAGAAAUAUACCCAGGAAGUAAAUGUACUUUGAGUGCCAAUGGGAUACAUCACUGCAAGGAAGGCAUACUAAUUAAGGACUUCUUAGAUGAGCAUUAUGACAUUCCCAAAAUAACCAUGGUGAAUAAUGUCAUACAUAAUAAUGAAGGCUAUGGUGUUGUCUUGGUGAAACCUAAAACUUUUUCUGACCUGCAAGAAAAUGCGCCAGAAGGAUUUGAAGGAAAUAAAAUACUUAAAGUUCAGACAAAUAGAGAAGUAGAUGCAAUGGAGAAAGUGGGACAAGAAGAACCAAAUGUAUCUGGUGAAUUGAGGCUGUGUGCAAGACCUGACCUUUCUGAGCAGACUGAGCAAAUGGAAGGCAAUUGUGAAAUUGUCAAUGAACUAGUGGCUGCUUCCAUGAAGAAAGGCCAAAUGAAGAACAAAAGAUUGAGUGGCCUGGGCAUCACUGAAGCUGAUGAUAACCUCAUGUCCCAGGAGAUCUUUGUUUCUAUUGUGGGCAAUGAAUUCAAAUGGAAUGGGAAAGGCCGUUUUGGUACUUUUCUUUUCUGA